AUGCCAGUUCAAGCCCCACAGUGGACAGAGUUUCUGCUCUGUCCGAUCUGCACACAGACAUUUGAAGAGACCGUUCGGCGGCCCAUCAGUUUGGGCUGCGGACACACCGUCUGUAAGAUGUGCCUGAACAAGCUGCACCGCAAGGCCUGUCCUUUCGACCAGACGGCCAUCAGCACGGACAUCGAGCAGCUGCCUGUCAACACAGCUCUGCUGCAACUGGUGGGAGGCCAGGUUCCUAAGGCUCAGCCAGUUGCCUUGAUUAGCAGUCCUGAGGACUUGCAACAUUAUGAGGAGGCGAGGCAGUGUGUGGAGGAGCUGGCCCUCUACCUGAAACCCCUUAGCAACACACGAGGGGUUGGUCUGAGCAGUACAGCCCAAAGCAUGCUGAGUCGACCCAUGCAGAGGAAACUGGUCACACUAGUCCACUGCCAGCUAGUGGAGGAAGAAGGACGCGUACGGGCCAUGAGGGCAGCCCGCUCUUUGGGUGAGCGUACAGUCACGGAGCUCAUUUUGCAGCACCAGAACCCCCAACAGUUGUCGUCCAACCUAUGGGCUGCUGUCCGUGCGCGAGGGUGUCAGUUUCUUGGCCCAGCAAUGCAAGAAGAAGCCCUGAAACUGGUCCUACUCGCAUUGGAGGAUGGGUCAGCUCUUUCCAGGAAGGUGUUGGUGCUCUUUGUUGUGCAGAGGCUUGAACCUCGCUUCCCGCAGGCCUCCAAGACAAGCAUAGGACACGUAGUACAGCUCCUCUACAGGGCCUCCUGCUUCAAAGUGACAAAACGUGACGAAGAUUCAUCCCUCAUGCAACUGAAGGAAGAGUUCCGUACUUACGAGGCUCUGCGGCGCGAGCACGACUCUCAGAUUGUUCAAAUUGCCAUGGAGGGUGGCUUGCGCAUCGCGCCCGACCAGUGGUCUUCUCUGUUAUAUGGGGAUCAGUCGCACAAGUCACACAUGCAGUCUAUCAUCGAUAAGCUCCAGACUCCAGCAUCUUUUGCUCAGAGUGUUCAAGAACUCACAAUUGCCCUGCAGAGGACUGGCGACCCGGCUAACCUCAACAGACUGCGGCCUCACCUUGAACUGCUCGCCAACAUUGAUCCCAGCCCCGAUGCUCCCCCUCCCACAUGGGACCAACUGGAGAAGGGCCUAGUGGCUGUGAAGACAGUCGUACACGGUUUAGUAGACUUCAUCCAGAAUCACAGCAAGAAGGGAGCUGACCCUCAACAGCCUCCCCAGCACAGCAAGUACAAGACGUAUAUGUGUCGCGACAUGAAACUGAAGGGAGGCUGUCCUCGUGGAGCGAGCUGCACCUUUGCUCACUCUCAGGAAGAACUGGAGAAGUAUCGAAAAAUGAAUAAGCGCCUGGCAGCUCGCCUCCCUGGUUCAGGGGGGCCAGAAGAGGGCCUUCCCCUCGACGUGGCCGUGGCUCGAAAGCCUUCACCUCUCACCAACGGAACAAUCCCACCCUCCUUGCCUCAACUAAUUGCACGUGGUGCUGACACUGUUCCAUAUGAGCUCCUGAGGAAGCCCCUCAAGAUGGACGGAGGGACUUCAAGUGCCCCAGGAUCCCCACCUGAUCUCCUGGACCCCGUGCCCAAGACUGGUAUGCCUCUUCCACCUCACGCCAUGGUUCACCCACGGCUCCCUCCUGACCACCUCUCUGGAGUGAAGCAAAUGCCUGUCGUCGCCCGAGGUUCGCCCGUGUACUCCCAGCAGCAGCUUCCUGAGAUGUUCUACUCAGACACGCGCCCCCCACCGUCUGCUUCCCAGUAUGAGCCCUCGCAAUACCAACCAGGGUACCCCUACCAGCAGCCACCACAGUAUGUUUCUAGGGAUUACAUGCGUAACCCUCCACCCCCGAGUGAGUCUGGACCUCCUUACCACGAUCCGUACCCUGGUUACGGCCCACCUGAGCGUCCCUACCAAACCCCCCACUCCGGUCCCCCCUUUUCGUAUCCUCACCCCUCACACUAUGAUCGCGGACGGCACGGUGCCUACACUGGACCACCGCCUCCCCCGCAACCUUAUCCAUCUCAGAGGGAUGGUCUCGUCAGGAUAAGCUCCACGCCAUUGGAUGUUCCUCCACAAUCAGCAGGACAGGCUAAUUCGCUCUACCACCCGGAGCCCAGUGUUCGGGAUCGAUACCCACCAGAAGGUUACUACCCACCAGGAGCCCAAUCACAGCCGAUGCGAACUUAUGUCAGGGGGCCGUCAUACGCCGGGUCCCAGCCGAGUCUAGACUAUCUACACCGCCGUCGCCAGGAGAUCCUCUCUCAGCUCGAAGAAAGGAAAGUCAUCUCCCCUCCACCAUUUGCAGCCUCUCCGACUCCAUCUCAUCCAUUUCCAAGCGACUACCCUUCUGAGUAUGGAGAUGAGGGCUCCAAGAGCAUCGGGAAGUGCAGAGAGCCAGACUACGCUGGCCAGUACUCCCCUUGGUUGUGUGAUACGAUUAGCUCCUACAUUGGCACCAAAGAUGCCAAACCCAAAGAUGUUAUGGUUUCAGGUGCCAUGGACAUGAUGAAUGUUGAUGCCAAGGUUCUGAGGGAGCCAUCUUUGGAGGCUCCUAGGAGGGGGGCAGAAGUGAAGGACGAUGACCCAAUUAUUCCUUUCGGUCCUCAGCCUACCGUUUCACGGUUUGGCGCAAUUUCACGUACCUCUAAGACUGGCUACCAGACCGGACCCGUCCAGACUAUGGUGUCCAGCCCCCAGAACCCGAACGCUAAACACAUGAACAUAACCGAGUACACGUAUGGAAGUCAUGCUGGAUGGGGCGGAACAUCAUAUCCCUCCCACCAGACAGCCCAGGAUAGAGAACAGCUAAAAAUUGAGUUACAGCAGGUCAACCAGCAGAUCAACCAACAGACGCAAAUGCAAAACAUGGAGUCUGCCAGUAACCCACUACUGCUGCAGAGAGAAGCCAGUGCCUUGGCCGGCACACCGGUGACCAGCAGCCAAGUCCAGGCUGUCGCCUCUCAUUCGCAGCAGCCCCCAAAGUGGCCAACAGGGGGGGCGAGUUCUACAGCUGUCUCCAGUGAACAGCUAAGCCUGGAGCUCCACCAGGUGGAGAGAGAGAUUGGAAAGCGCACUCGAGAAAUGGCAAUGCAAAAAAACCAAGUAGCCCAUGAGGUCCAGCAGUACAAGCUGAAAUCGGCUGAAAAUGGACAACCUGAGCACAAGACCCAACUGGAAGAAAUCUCCCUCGCUCUCAGUGACGUAUCUAAUGGCUCCAGCAGUCUGCAAGAAGGUCCAGUGGGCGCAUCCAUGAUUUCGCUGACAAACAAGACGUCGACGUUGAGCCUCUGUUCUGACCCGGUCGGCACCGGCUCAGAAAUUCAGAAGAACGGCGUUGUCCAUUCCUGCUCAUAA